UGCCCUCGGGGAGGCGGGGGUCGGUCCGGCCGGAGCCGCGGCUCCGCGCUUCUGACUCUGCCCAAUGAGAGCCCGCAGCCCGCCGCGAGCUGUCAAUAUUUGGCCGCGGCCCCCGCGCUCCCAUCCCCAGUGCGUCCUCGCCCUCCGCGCGCAGCCCUCCAUGGCCCGGCCCGGCCCCGCCGCCCGCCCCGCUCCGCUCGGGGGGCGCUGAGCCCCGGGACCCCCCGCCCCCCCGGAGCCCCGCCGCCCACCCCCGCAGCAGCAGCAUGCUCCCGGCGCGGGGGCGCAGCCGGGGCUCGCUCAGCCGCGCGGAGCCGGGAGCCGCGCACCGGGGCAGUGACGGGCACGGCUCGGCGCCCGCACCGCCGUCGCCCGAGGGGAGCGCGGGCGGGCCCCCGGCCCCGCUCGUUCCUCCGGCCGGAGCGCGCCGCGCAGAGAUAUGCUGAGCACAAACCGCCUGGAAGCGCCUCCUGGGAUUGCCGUGGCCCCCGGGCGUGCGGAGUGCGGAGCCUUCCCUCGGACGGCGGGCGCGGCCCCGCGGAUUUACCUGCCCUUCGUCCUCAUCCUGCUCGCCCUGCCGCCCCGCGCCGACUCCUCGUGGUGGUACAUCGGGGCGCUGGGCGCGAGGGUGAUCUGCGACAACAUCCCUGGGCUGGUGAACAAGCAGCGGCAGCUGUGCCAGAGGUACCCCGACAUCAUGCAGUCGGUCGGGGAGGGAGCCAAGGAGUGGAUCCGGGAGUGCCAGCACCAAUUCCGCCACCACCGCUGGAACUGCAGCACCCUGGACCGGGACCACACCGUCUUCGGCAGGGUCAUGCUGCGAAGCAGCAGGGAGGCCGCCUUCGUCUACGCCAUCUCCUCGGCGGGGGUGGUGUACGCCAUCACGCGGGCCUGCAGCCAAGGGGACCUGAAGGCCUGCGGCUGCGACCCCCUCAAGCGGGGCCGCGCCAAGGACGAGCGCGGGGAGUUCGACUGGGGCGGCUGCAGCGACAACAUCAACUACGGGAUCCGCUUCGCCAAAGCCUUCGUGGACGCCAAGGAGAAGAAAGUGAAGGACGCCCGGGCGCUGAUGAACCUGCACAACAACCGCUGCGGGAGGAUGGCUGUGAAACGCUUCCUGAAGCUGGAGUGCAAAUGCCACGGAGUCAGCGGCUCCUGCACACUAAGGACUUGCUGGCUGGCCAUGUCAGAUUUUCGGAAAACAGGGGAUUACCUAAGGAAGAAAUACAACGGGGCCAUCCAAGUGAUAAUGAACCAGGAUGGCACCGGCUUCACCGUGGCCAACAAGAACUUCAGGAAGCCCACAAAGACUGACCUGGUCUAUUUUGAGAACUCACCUGAUUACUGCGUGAUGGACAAGUCAGCAGGCUCCCUGGGCACCGCAGGUCGCGUGUGCAACAAGAUGUCCCGCGGGACAGACGGCUGCGAGGUGAUGUGCUGCGGGCGGGGGUACGACACCACGCGCGUCACUCGCGUCACCAAGUGCGAGUGCAAGUUCCACUGGUGCUGUGCCGUGCGCUGCAAGGAGUGCGAGGACACUGUGGACGUGCACACGUGUAAAGCACCAAAACGGGCUGAGUGGUUGGACCAGACCUGAAGAGACGAGAGCAGCAGAGGGAAGAGUCAGCUGCAAAGCCCCCCCCAACCUUUCCAAUUUUCUAGAACACCUGUGCCCCGUGGGCCAUGGCGUUCUGGGAGCUGUAGUUCAACUGCAUGGCUUUUAUUUAAUUGAUUCUGCAAAGCACUAAAGAAAGGACUACAUUUCCCAGGAGGUACUGUGGACCCUUCUCAUUGCUCAGCAAAACUAAUCCCUUCCCUAGGAGGAGUCCGCAAUCCUUGCUUCAACUGUGAAACUUCUGUUGCCUGUUGUUAUCUCUGCAAAGGGACAGUGCACCUGAUAGACAUGGAGAACCCAUCGUCAGGAUGCAAUGCCUGAGGAAUGCUGCAUCUCGCCAGAGAACUUACAGUGAAGUUUCACCAGCAAAACAACACUAGUUCAGAAUAAUAAACUCCUGCAGAAAGCACUCUUGCUUUUUUUUUUUUUUUUUUGCAAGGCCAGAGGAAGGGUGUUGCAAAUUCUUAAGUUCAAGAUCUCCAUGUUUCCCUCGAGCAGACCUGGCAUACUGACCCCAGCUGCACUACUGACACUCGCUGAACGAGAGCAACUCCUGCACAGUCUUCUCCCAUCUCCCCAGUGAGGAUGACGAGCAGAGUUGUGAACUGUCAACUGAAGCCUGAAUGACUGCAAGAAGACAAAGGCUAUCCACAGACGUUUGCAGACACAGAGGGCUAGAGAAAGCAAACAGAAUCUGUGAACUUACUGGUAGGUUCAGAAGCUGAUGGGUACAACAGCAUCUCUCUGUAAAACUCACUUGUAUGUUGUGUAUACUGCUUAUUAUUUUAAGUCAAAAUUCAUUAUAAACCUGUAUCAGAAAAUGA